CCACCGUCAAUCGUUCUUUCUACCAACCUGUCGCGUGCCUCGCGUACUGUGCUGUCCAGAGCAUCUUUGAGCUGCAGUGAUCCUCAGAAUGCCUCCUGCUCGUGAUAUCAUGGCUCACCGGGGGGAUGACGACGAGGUGUGCCCUGUCUGCAAAUCCUCCCGUUACCUGAACCCGGACAUGCGAUUUCUCAUCAAUCCCGAAUGCUACCACAAGAUGUGCGAGUCCUGCGUGGACCGAAUCUUCUCCUCAGGCCCCGCGAACUGUCCCGUGGCGGGCUGUCACAAGACCCUGCGCAAGAACCGAUUUCGCAAGCAGACAUUCGAGGAUAUUAAUGUGGAAAGAGAGGUGGACAUUCGGCGCAGAGUAAUGCAAAUUCUUAACCGCCGCGAAGAAGAGUUUGAUUCGAAACGAGCCUAUGAUGACUUCCUCGAACAACGCGAAGAGAUAAUAGCGAACCUUGUCCAUGGCACAGAUGUAGCAAAGACAGAAAGCGACCUACAAAGAUAUGCUGCAGACAACAUGCGGUCGAUUCGCGCCAAUCAAGCCCUCGAAGCGCAAGAGGCCUCAUCCUUCCGAGAACAACAAACACACGAACAAGAACUGGCACGUCUUCGGCGAGAGGCAGCUAGACUGGAAUAUGAGAACGAACGGAAGGAGAUGCUUGCCGGCCGGGAAGACGUUCUCAGCCGUCUUGCGGCAGGCCGACCUGGCGACGCAGCGGCUAUCGCCCGCGAAGGUCACAAGGUGCUGCUUAAGAAAUCUUCUGCUCGCCGCAGUGAAGAAGACCGGAUUCGACAGAAGCAGGCUGCUUUGCGCAGCUCAGAUGCCAGGAAAGCUGGGCAGGGUGCCCUUACCACGGCGGACAGGGCGGAUGACAGUGGUGAUUCUGGCUUGAUCAAGGGUCUUAAGAAGAUUGUGACGCCCGAGCCUGAGAAGCCUUAUGAUCCUUUUGGUGGCCUUGUUCCCAACAAGAGGGACUACUAUACUCUGCGCGACUAUUACCCGAACAGCUAUCUCGACCCCAUUCGCCAGGACACUCGUAUGCAGGCUGGUGGAUACGACCUUCAGGAAUACUACUCGCGUACUUUGAUGGAGGCCUUUGCGGGUUUGGGUUGCUUCAUCGAUGAGGAGGUGUCUAAGCGAGAGGUUACAAGUACGAUGGGUAUCUCUAGACCCGUCGCUACAGAAGGGGCUGCCUUGGCGGCUGUUUCAAGUGCAGGCGCCCCAGAAGCCAGCUCGUGACCCACGGCUGUUGUUUCUCGUUUCAUCCUCUGAUAGAGCUUCUGGAAUUGGUUUACCAUAACAUUUGGCUGCGGCGUUUAGGCAUUUGUGUUGCAUAGCGAUGGCGUCUUUUUGACAGAUUUUGAGCAUUCGGAAAAGCUAUGGCAC